UUCAUUUGAUCAUGUGACCAAGUCGUAGCUCGUAUAAGGAAGAAAGGCUCCAGUAGCUUAUCUCAGUCUGUCAACUGUCUCUUUCUCUCCUGAACACAUCGGAGGAAGAGGGCCGAAAUGUGCACCCGUGUCCAGCCCGUCGAGUGGACCACUAACCUCAAAGACCAGAAUUUUGAUGGCAUCGUCUUGGUGACCCAGAGCCAUGAGACUCUGCCCCCUGAGCUCGAGUGCCUGAAAAACCCUCUGCAGGACUACAGCUCCGUGGACAGCGGCCUCGGGGAUGAGGUGGUGGUCCUCAAGGUCCCCGGUCUCCCCGGUAACCGGCUGGUGUUUGCCUCCACGGGCCCCGUGAACCGCGACUACGACGACGUCCGGCGUUUCAGCGAUGCAGCCGUCAACGGCAUCAAGCGGGCCUUGAAGACCGGCAUGAAGCGCCCGCUGCUGGUGUGUCCUCAACACAAAGACUACAAGAACAGCACCUUGGUGGCCGCGCUCGGGGCCCUGCAUGGUCUCUACAUGCCGAUUGAAGUGAGGGAAAUGAGCAAAAAAGAAGACCACAAGGUGUGUGUCCUCGGUCUGUGGGCGACACAGGAGGAUGAGGGGAGGAGGCUGGUGGAGCUGGCUAACGCUCUGGAGAGCGGGAGAGUGGCCUGCCGUGACAUCGGCGGCUCAGACCCCGAGCGAAUGGCUGCUCCUCGCGUGGCCGAGUACGUCCAGGAGCUCUUCAAGGACACCCUGGUGACGGUGGAGGUGGUGAGCGACGUGAAGACUCUGGAGAAGGAGUAUCCCUGUCUGGCUGCAGUCAACCGCUGCGCCAACGAUGUACCUCGGCACCAAGGCAGAGUCAUCAAGCUGAAGUACUGCGGAGAGGAACCGAUCCAAAAGACGCUCAUGUUGGUGGGAAAGGGCAUCACCUACGACACCGGUGGAGCAGACAUCAAGGCUGGUGGCAUCAUGGCCGGGAUGCACAGGGACAAGUGUGGAGCCGCUGCUGUGGCCGGUUUCUUCAAGAUUUUGGCGAUGCUGAAGCCGAAACACCUGAAGGUUGUCGGCUCCAUGGCCAUGGUGAGGAACAGCGUGGGCGCAGACUGCUACGUGGCCGACGAGCUGCUGAUUUCCCGCGCGGGUCGCCGGGUGAGAGUGGGAAACACCGACGCAGAGGGACGCAUGGUGAUGGUCGACCUGCUCUGUGAGAUGAAGGAACAGGCCGUCCGUGAGGUUUCCCCUCAGCUGUUCACCAUCGCCACACUGACCGGUCACGCCAUCAGAGCCAUGGGACCCAACUACUCUAUCAUCAUGGACAAUGGGCCGGCCCAUCGCAACAAGAAUGCGGCUCAGUGGCAGAAAGCUGGGGAGGUGUUGGGAGAUGUGUUCGAGGUGUCCACCAUCAGACGAGACGACUACGAGUUCCACAAGGGGAAGUCUGAGUACGAGGACAUCCUGCAGUGCAACAACCAGCCGUCCUCGGCCACACCCCGGGGGCACCAGACCCCUGCAGCUUUCCUCAUCAUGGCCUCGGGCCUCGACGAGUACGGUGUGGAUUCUAAGAAGCCUCUGCCGUAUUCCCACAUUGACAUCGCUGGAUCCAGCGGCCCUUUCCCCGGCGUCCCAACAGGAGCCCCCAUCGUCGCCAUGGCAACCAACUACAUCCUGUCAGACAGUCUCUAAACAGAAAGCACAAAAAAAUUAAAAAAAAUAUCGGUGUCUGUCCUCAAACCCUGCAGGAACGUGUAACCGUCCAAAUAUAAAUGAAAUUGGAACUCCCACCACAUGUAACCUUCCUUAAAACAUCAGACUGUUUUUCUCUAAGACUGUUCGUUGUUCUCUCUUCUUCUGUUAAGUGCCCUGAAUUGGUAAACUCUCAGGGGGUAAAGCAGCCGCACAAAAAUAACAUCUUUUUAUAUGUGUGUGUGUGUGUGAAGCAGAAUUGGGGGGGAUGUGGAUGUGUGACUUAAGAUGCUGUGUGCCAGUCAAGACAAAGACUUGAGGAAUAAAAAAAAGUUUUUAUGGUC